AUGCCUCUGAUCGCAAGCAACCCCACCAACCGCAUCAUCCUCGGAUUGAUGACCUUUGGGCCCAGUGAGUCAGACGGCGCGCGCAUCACUGACCUCGAGACGUAUAAUAAGGCCCUCGAUGUGUUCCAGUCCCGCGGCUACAACGAGGUCGAUACGGCGCGUGUCUAUGUCGGCAAGCAGCAGGAAGCCUUCACGCGUGAGGCCAAGUGGAAGGAAAGGGGCCUCACCCUGGCGACCAAGAUUCAGUACCCCUCUGAACCGGGUUCCCAUGCCGCCGAUAAGGUGGUCGAGUCGCUAGAAACGAGCUUGAAGGAGCUCGGCACCGACUCCGUCGACAUUCUCUACCUCCACGCCGCAGACCGCGCAACGCCCUUUGCCGAACCGCUUGAGGCGCUCGACAAGCUGCACAAGGCCGGCAAGUUUGUGCGCCUCGGCCUCAGCAACUUUACGGCAUUUGAGGUCGCCGAGGUCGUGAUGACGUGCAAGUACAACAACUGGGUGCGGCCUACCAUCUACCAGGGCAUGUACAACGUCAUCACGCGCAGUCUCGAUGCCGAGCUGAUCCCCGCUUGCCGUCGCUACGGCCUUGAUAUCGUCGUCUACAACCCCAUCGCCGGUGGCCUGUUCUCCGGCAAGAUCAAGUCACGCGACAUUGUGCCGACGGAGGGCCGCUUCUCGGACACGGCGGGGACGGGUGACAACUAUCGCAAGCGGUACUUCCGCGACAGCACGUUCAAGGCGCUGCAGACGAUCGAGCAGGCGAUUGAGAAGCAUGAUCUCAGCAUGAUCGAGACGGCGCUGCGGUGGACGGUACACCACUCGCAGCUGAAGAUCAAGGACGGCAAUGACGGCAUCCUUAUCGGCAUUUCGAGCGUAGCGCAGCUCGAGGACAACCUCAACCAUCUCGAGAAGGGUCCCUUGCCUGAGGAUGUCGUUCAGGCUCUGGAACAGGCAUGGCUGGUGUCAAAGGCAGACACGACCAACUAUUGGCACCUGGAUCUGAAGUAUACAUAUGACCCAAGGGAAGCUCUAUUUGGAGCUGGGGCCAAGUAG